CCUCACCCCCGCAGGAGCCCUGAUGCAGGCCAAAUACUUCAGCACGAACAGCAUGCUGGAUGAUGAAUGGAACACCACCUUCAGCCUGCAUUCUCGAGCCUCCACUCCUCCCCAGCGUCCGGAGCCUGGGCACACAGAGAACCCACCUCCGUCUUCAGUGUGGCGACCAGUGGCCUUGACCCUGAUCAUUUUGUGCCUGGUGCUGCUGAUUGGCCUGGCAAUACUGGCGUUUAUGUUUUUUCAGUUCUACCAGCUCUCCAAUACUCAGAAAGACAGCAUUAAUAAACUGGAAGAAAGAUUGGGGAAUCUCUCUCAACAACUGCACACUCUCCAAGCCGAGAACAGGAAGCUUGCAGAGACUCUGCAGUGGGUGGCUGAAAAAUACUGUCGUGAGCUCUAUAACAAAACCGGAGAGCACAGAUGUAGCCCUUGUCCAGAAAAGUGGAAUUGGCAUGGAGACAAAUGCUACCAAUUUUAUAAAGAGAGCAAGAGUUGGCAGGACUGUGACUACUUCUGUAUUGCUGAGAACUCAACCAUGCUGAAGACAAACACACAAGAAGUGCUGUUUGCCGUGCCUCGGAGCUACUCUGAGUUUUUCUACUCUUACUGGAUAGGACUGUCCCGCAACGGCAGUGGCCAGGCCUGGCAGUGGGUGGACGGAGCACCUUACACCUGUGAACUGUUUAAGAUUAAAACAGAUGGCACCACUCUAAGAGACAGGGACUGUGCGACCAUUUUCAAUGGGAUGAUUUUCUCAAAGGACUGCCGGGAGUUGAGGCGGUGUGCAUGUGAAAAAGCGGCCAUAAGAUACUUUCAUAUCCACUAUCUCUUGGGAUCAAGCUAAUCCAUGUUCGAGGAGCCUGCAGACCUAGGACACAGAUCGUCUACAGAUGUAUUUGAAGAAAUUCAUUCACUUUAAAAGAGAUAUUCUCUCCAGACGGUUGCUGGCAUUUUACAUAUAAACUUUAUCUUCACAAUAUUCCGGGAACAUGAGCAAGGAAAGGGGUCAUUUUUACCUGGAGCACACACACAAGGUGGAUGCCUGGCGAUAAGUGAUUUACUCCAGAUAAUAAUCGCAAGCACUGAUCCAGUGUCAAACUCUAUGCAAGGUACCGUUCUCAGCAACUUACAUAUAUGAAUGAUCUAAACCUCAAAAAUAUUUUGAAAUAAGUUCUAUUAUUGUUUUACCAUAAAGAAAUUGAGGCACAGAGGGAUGCCGUUAAAACUGCUGGGGAGCUACCCUUUGCGGGCCAGCCCGUGCGCCCUUUGACUUGUGGGCGGUGGGAUGUCACGAGAGGGCGGAGGGAGGCGCCCCGCUGGCCUUGCGGGCGACAG